CUCCUCUGCUAUCCUGCUGACUGUGAUCCACGCAUGACGAAACAUGGCCAACGGAGGCAACAAUACCACAUUAUAUAGUGACCUACUCUUCACAAGCGAUCUCACGUUGCACCAAGACUUUUCUGUCGACGGGAGCAUAUACACUAAUCACCAAGUCGUAUGGCCAAUAGAGAAAUGUAUAGACGAGCAUCUCAUCAACGACUCCAAUAUUGACAUAUCCAAAAUGUACAUGUAUAAUGGAUCUCUUGUUUCAUGUUUGGAACACGCUCCUAUUCUCACUAAAAGUACUGUAAUCAGAGCCAGUGUACUCUCAGCGAUGGCCAUUUUAUCCUUCUUCGGUAAUUUGGCCACGAUUAUCAGCAUACAAAGGGGCAAGAGGGGGCGAGGGAGAGCGAGGCCAUCUUGGACUGCAAUAUACAGCUUGAUAUUCCAACUGAGUAUAGCAGAUUUGUUGGUGACAAUAUUUUGUAUAGCCGGAGAAGCGGCAUGGUCGUUCACAGUGCAGUGGUAUGCGGGAAAUAUAGCAUGCAAAAUAUUUAAAUUUCUGCAAAUGUUUGCGCUGUACCAAAGCACAUUUAUACUAGUUCUGAUAGGAGUGGACAGAUGGCUUGCUGUAAAAUAUCCUAUGAAAAGUAUGGCUACGGCAACUAGGAGUGGAAGGCUCGUCGUCAUUGCUUGGGUGUUGAGUGUGGUACUAAGCAUUCCGCAGACAGUCGUAUUUCGAGUGGCAAAGGGGCCGUUCGUAGAAGAGUUUUACCAGUGCGUCACCCACGGAUUUUACACGGAGCGAUGGCAAGAACAAGCGUACACCACUCUUUCACUGGUCUUCAUGUUUGUUCUGCCUCUGGUCAUACUCAUAUCCACCUAUGUGUCCACCGUGCGGACGAUAGCGCGUAGCGAAAAAGUAUUCAAGCCCGAAGUAAGACGACAAGAAAAAUAUUUCACGCCUGAUAUGAAUAGAAGACGUCUCAUAGACAGGGCAAAAAUGAAGUCUCUGAGAAUGUCUGUGGUAAUCGUCGCAGCGUUUUUGGUGUGGUGGGCGCCUUAUUAUGUCAUGAUGAUUAUUUUCACAUUCCUCAACCCCGAUAAAGAUCAAAGUGAAGAACUUCUCUCCGGGAUAUUCUUCUUCGGCAUGUCAAACAGUCUAGUCAACCCUGUGAUAUACGGGGCGUUCCAUUUGUGGCCAAAAAAGAAACGAUCUCACAGACAUAGCGACAGAGAAUCCGGCGGUCAUCAUGCGUCACUGCUCAGGCGCGGAGACAACAACACAUCAUCAAUCCGACUGACUACCAUUCGCUCUUUGCGAUCCUCGGCGAAAUACUCAAAUGGCCACAACAUAAGUUUAUUAUAACCAGUGCGGAACAAAGUGGACAGAACUAUACGCGAAGAGAGCUUCGCUCAUAGCGAUGUGACCACUGGAAGAAUAGACUGUGCAGUGUGUUUGGAGAGGCAGAGACUAAGGAAACUAAACUACAGAGACUAUUGUAUAUAAGUGGGAAACGUGUGUGAUAUAAUUGAUGGAUGAUAAAACGAUAGAACUUAAGUUAGGCUAAACGAUAGUAUAGAAUAGCUGAGAAUGUUAGGCUUUGAAAAUUUGAAUGUUUACAAAGCAAGUGGGAAUGUGAAGUAUUCCAAAAUGUUUUAUUUUAUUUGCUUCGUACUGUUACUGAUAAAAUAUAUCUGCUCGUGGCUCCUCCCGCGUGAAUGUCUUUUGUAAGGAAAA